UCUUGAUGAUCUAAAGUUUACUUUUUUUCGAUUGUUUUACUUUAAUUUCUAUCAUUUAAACAUGGAUAUUCCUUUUUGUUAUUCCAUGAUUAAUAAACAUGAGUGAUUCUCUCCUUAGAAUCUGUAGAGAAAAGCAGCUAGCUAUUCAGCAGCUGAGACUUUGUUUUUCGUUCUGAACACCCUCUAUAUAUAUAUAUAUAUAUAUAUAUAUCUUCAUUUACAUUUUCCAAAACACAAAGCCUUUGCUCUUUGUCUGUUAAAUCCCACUUCUAUUUAAAGCCAAUCUCUUUGCCCUUAUUCAUUGCCACACAUUUUUCAUCCAACAAGAAAAUGAGAGAGGAUAGUGUGCUUUGUUGUGCGCUUGAGUUUUGGAUGUUCCUAAUUAUAUGUGUGCUGCUUGUGUUAUUUGCUGGUAUCACAUCCGGACUUGCACUAGGACUCUUGUCUUUCAGCCAAGUUGAACUUGAGGUCUUCACUAAGGCUGGUCGGCCACGAGACCAGAAAUAUGCAGCAAAGAUACUGCCACUUGUUAAGAAUGAGCAUUUGCUUUUGUGCACCCUCCUUCUGGGAAAAUCAUUGGCUAUGGAGGCACUGCCCAUUUUUCUGGAUUCAAUGCUUCCAUCUUGGGCUGCCGUUCUUCUAUCGGUUACUCUUGUACUUGCAUGUGCAGAGAUCGUCCCUCAAGCUGUCUGUUCCAGAUAUGGACUAAGUCUUGGAGCAAAAAUGUCUGUCUUUGUCCGGUUCCUUCUAACGAUCUUCUUUCCCAUAUCAUAUCCGAUUAGUAAGCUGUUGGAUUGGCUCCUCGGCAAAGGGCAUUCUGCACUUUAUAGACGAGCAGAGCUAAAGACAUUGGUCGGUUUGCAUGCAUAUAAGGCAGGGAAAGGAGGAGAGUUGUCACAUCAUGAAACUACUAUUAUUACUGGUGCUUUAGAUUUAACACAGAAGAUGGCUAAAGAUGCUAUGACACCCAUUGCUGAAACCUUUUGUCUAGACAUAAAUUCAAAAAUUGACAUGCAUACAAUGGGCUUAGUAUUGAGCAAAGGUCACAGUCGAAUACCUGUCUACUCGGGAAGCCCAAAAAACAUCAUUGGCCUCAUUCUGGUUAAGAAUUUGAUCUUCUGCCGCCCUGAAGAUGAAACUCCAGUUAAAUAUAUGACUAUCAGGAGAAUACCUAAGGUAUAUGACAACUGGCCACUAUAUGAUAUACUGAAUCAAUUCCAGAAGGGUCAUAGCCAUAUGGCUGUUGUUGUUAAGUGUAAGAAGGAUGUCAAAGACACUGAGAAUAGUGCAGUAAGCAACCAUACCGUGUUGGAUAUUAACAUUAAUCCAAAAUCGAAUCAAAUGCAAGGAGAGAGGAAAGGAUUUUAUUCUACACUUGAACAGAAAGAGCGUUUGAGUAUCUCCACAAAUUCAUCCCCUUUGUACUCUAGUGAUGCAGAUGAUCAUGGUUCAACACUAAAGAAUGCCAAGGAAUUAGCCAAAGAUUUAAAUUCACAAAAUAAAAAAUGGGAGCAAGGAAGUAAAAAAAUUUUGUAUGAAAACUUAGAUCUCCCAAGCAACUUGGAUGAGGAAGUCGUUGGAAUCAUCACAAUGGAAGAUGUUUUGGAGGAACUGCUACAGGGAGAUAUACUGGAUGAAACUGAUGAAUAUGUUGAUGUCCACAACAAGAUUAGAAUCAACCUGAGAUCUUCAAGAAGAUCAUCAUCGAGGUCUCCCAGAAGAUCUUCUGUUUCUCAUCUUUAUUGGAGAACACCAGAGCCAUCUCCACUUUCUUCAUACACUCCUAUACUUCGUUCACCCGUUUCCCCAUAUAUACAGCCACCGCUAGUGAGACCAAUACUAUAUGCCUCCCCUAGAAGAUCUAUACCAAAUUCUCCAGCCGGAUCUGCAGGCCUUGUUCGUAGCUCGCCAUCCUCCCAUCGAGUGUCGAGAAAGUUAUAUGAGAAACUGUUACGCACUGGCAAUUCAUAAAGCUCCUAGAUGAACGAGUUGGUGUCAAAUAGCAUCAAUUAGAUAGGUUUGCAGCAUCCAAACUCCAAGGACUCUCUCUCUCUCUCUCCCCCCUUUUGUUUUUUUGAUGCAUAUUUAAUUUAAUCGCAUGUAUAUUCAUAUAUCGGAAAGUUCAUACUGUACAACAGUUGUAGAGUAAGGUAUUGGUGUGGUUGUAAACGACAUCCUGAUACAUGCGGUGUCAAAGCAAUGGAAUUUCAAGAAAGAUAUACAGGGAUUUUCUUGUAGAAAUAUAUAAUUUUUAAAAUAAUAGAUCAAGGAUUGUUAUAUUCAUAAAUCCCAAACCUUGAUGGAUUGAACCAUAAUCCAUAAAUCUUCUCUCUAAUGAGAGCAGUACCAUGUCUCCAAGUAGCAGGUACUUGAUGGAAAAAUUGUAUUAUUGGUUCAAAGAAUACGUAGCACAGACCGGUCAAGUGUUA